ACAAUGAUGUAUUGGGUACUGUUCAGCGCUUUGCUAGCGCUUCCAGGGGUAUCAGCACAAAGCCUAAAAUGUGCGGUAAGUUCCAACUGGGGAAGUUCAACAGUCCAAAAAGCUAACAUUAGCGAGUAUGAGAACAAAUGCGCAAACAACACGCUCAUUCUCUGCGAGCAAACUGAUAGCAACAGUUUAACUGUGAGUGCUUUGAAGGUGAGCAGCAACGAAAGCUGUCCUGCGAACAGCACUCGGCAAGAGCUCAAUGACAACAGCUCCCAAUCCGUUUGCUGUGCUACUCCUACACUGGAGUCAUCAGAUACAGGAACGCCUUCUCGCAGGAAGAGAUCACCGAGACACAGGGGAAAGAAAAUCAGACGAAAAGAUAAGGAUGAUGGUGGUGAUGAUGAUGACACAGCGGCUGCAACAACAGUGGCCCCAGCGGAUGACACCAAAUGCGAGAGGGUCUUCGUGAAACACGAGAACAGGAAGUUCUUCCCCGGACCCGUGGUGAGCGCAACACUGAUGAAUAAGAAAGUGCACAUCGCUGGUGCCUGCGUGGACGAAGAUGACUACAAAAUUAAGGGGAACAGGCUCAAGCUAAUCAGGCCUUGCGCAGGACUGUUCAAGGUGUGCUAUGAACUGCCUAAGACAACAGCCCCAGCGACCACUCUUGCACCAGAGCCCAAGUGCAGGAAGGUGUAUGUUGAUCAUGCCGAGGAGGAAAGUGUGGGUGGAGAAAUCCAAAGCUUGGAUCUGGUCAGAUCUAUCGGCCACGGCGGUUACGGCAAAGGGGGUUACAGCCUUUGCCAGAAGGGAGAAACAUUUUCCUUCAGGGGAGACAAGAUUAUUGUGAAGGGUGCUUGCAAGGGAGUCUUCCAGGUGUGUUACCUAGAGACUGUGGCGGCCGCCACAACCGUCGCUCCUGAGCCAUCUUGCCAGAGGCUGGUAGUGAACCAUCCCAGUGAACAGACACUAGAAGGAGGAAAUAUCGUGUCCGUUACGGUUGUCAAACUGCUGGGGGCUAAGAGUGGCGGCUACGGAAGCUACGAAAGUCCAGUGUCUUGCGAACAGGACGCCGAUGACGGGUACUCUUUUGAAGGCUCCACUUUCACGGUUACCGGAAACUGUAAAGCUGUGUUCAGAGUGUGCGUUGCCGAGCCCACACAGGCCCCAGCGACGACAGCUGCUCCAGAAAUCAAAUGCAGGACCUACUACGUACUAAAGGACACGGACGAGUACGCGAACGGCAAGAUUACUUCCAUGAAGCUACAGAAGGUUACCAGCUACGGUUACUGCCACAAGAAGGCUGACUAUGGUUUCAGCGGAUCCAGGUUUUACGUCAAGAACGGUUGUCGAGGCCAAUUCAAGAUCUGCAUUGAAAAGCCUGUGGCACCCCCACCCCCACCUACUACCACGAUACUACCAGCCACCACCACAGUGGCUCCAAUUACAGAAAAAUGCAAAAGAGUGUCGAGCUCCACAACAUUUGCUGGGGAAAUCACAAGUGUUGAGAUCCUCAAAGCCAACCCAAAGGGCGGAUACGGUCACGGUUAUGAUUAUAACAGCUGCUACAAGGAUGUGGAUUAUUUCUACAGCGGAAACGCUUUCACGCUGGUGCCAACCUGCAAAUCUACCUUCAAGGUGUGCUAUCAGGAACCGCAGCCGACCACCGCCCCAGCAACCACGCUAGCCCCAGAAAAACAGUGCAAAAAGGUUAACUUGGACAAAUAUGGCAAGGAGUCAUUCGGCGGAAAAAUCGUAAGUGUUCAGUACGUCCCAGCUGACUACAGAAGUUACGAUCCCCACGGACCGUCCUGCAGAGAAGACAAAGAUUAUGUCAUCAACGGUAAUACCUUGGAAACAGUUACUUGCGCUGGAUGGUUUAAAGUGUGCUAUGAGCAGAGUGUCACGGAGGCGCCAGCAACAACCACGGUCACACCUGAAAAGUGCGAGAGAGUGAGUUCCUACAAAGGCGUGAAGAAAAACUUCGGCGGAAAUGUCGUCAGCGCAAAGCUUAUUUCUUCUCUGGGAGCCGGCGGUAGCGGAGGAUACGGUGGAGGCUACUACCACUGCACUGAGAAUGUGGAUUACUUCUUCCAGGGCUCCCAAUUCGUUGUUCUAGCAAACUGCAAGGCCGUUUUCAAAGUGUGCUAUGAAGACACAGCCACUGAGGCGCCCGCUACUACGCUAGCCCCAGAACCAGAAUGUGAGAACGUCCAUAUCGUCAAGAAGGGAAAUAGAGAGUUUGGAGGCGAUAUCAUCAGUGUGGAGGUCGUCAAGGGCAUCGUCAUCAGGAGUAAUUCGUACGGGUACGGCCCAGCCAGCUACGGGUACGGCAGUUGUUACGAAGGCUCCGAUUACUCCUUCAGCGGAAGUGUCCUCUCAGUGAGAAGCUGCUCCGGUGUGUUCAAGGUGUGCUACGAGAGGCCGCAGACAGUUGCCCCGGCAACCACUGUAUCACCAGAUAUAUGCAAAAAAGUGGUCUCCUAUUACGGUGUGAAGAAAAGCUUCAAUGGCGAGAUCGUCAGUGUGAAACUGGGUCCCACAUUAGGAGUGAAGAGUCCUGGAAACGGAUACGGCUAUGGUAACAGUUAUGGUUCCGCUCAAGGAAGAGGAUACAACCAAGGGUCUGGGUAUGGAUACGGCAGUAGGUAUCCAUCACUCGGAAACAGUCAAGGAUAUGGUUACCCUUUGUCACAAGGUUAUGGGUAUAAUAGCGGGCGUCAGGGAAAUGGCUAUGGACACGGUUAUUCGACAUGUCGGGAGGGCUUGACUUACUACUACCACGGCAACGAAUUCGUCGCACUGUCACAAUGCAGGGCUGUGUUCACCGUUUGUUACCGGGAGACAGCAACAACAGUUGCACCAGCAACAACAGUUGCUCCAGAGCCCAAAUGCAGAAAGUUCAAAGCGUACGCCGGAGAUGACAAAGAAUUUGACGGCGACAUUGUAAGCGUCAGACUCCUGAAGGCGUUCAGAAAACCAGGUUACGGUUACCGUGAGCCCUCGUGCAAGGAAGGAAAGGACUACGUGAGCAGCGGCAACGUUUUGCACGUGCUGCAGUGUGCCGGGUUCUAUGAGGUGUGCUACGAGGAGAGGUUCACCACAUUGCCGGCCACAACUGUUGCUCCGGAGACAGAAUGUAGAAAGUUCAUCGCGACCCACAAAUUGGAGGAAACCGUUGGUGGUAGGAUCGUAAGCGCUGAUCUUGUACAGAGGCUUACCAAACAAACCGGAUACGGUCCAAAUAAAGGAAUCGGUUAUGGUCCAGGUCGUGGAAUCGGUUAUGGUCCAAGUCAUGGGAUCGGUUAUGGUCCAAGUCAUGGAAUCGGUUAUGGUCCAAAAGGUAGUCGCAGCUACGCACCCGGUUAUGGUCAAAGAAUUGGCUAUGGUUACAAAUCCAGUUAUGAUCAAAAUAUUGGUUAUGGCUACGGCAGCAGUAAUAGUCGGGGCAGCGGCUAUGGUCAUGGCAAUGGCUAUGGUCAAGGAUAUGGUUACGGUUACGGAGGGGGGAGUCAGAACGGUGGUUUUGGUCAAAGAACCGGUUAUGGUUAUGGUUAUGACGAAUGCAAGGAGGGUGUUGGCUACUUCUUCAAUGACAACAGAUUCACCGUGACGCCUCUGUGUAACGCAGUGUUCAAGGUGUGCUACGAGCUGCCAGUGCCCACCACGGCACCUGCAACAACUGUUGGCCCCGAACCUGUGUGUGAAAAAGUGAACAUUUAUGGUCAAGAGAGAAAAGAAUAUGACGGCGACAUCGUCAGGGUCCGUCUCAUCAAAGUAAACGGACCGCAUGGCCCCCCGGGCGGGUAUGGCUAUAGUCGCCCAUGCAGGGAAGGCAUCGACUACCUCUUCCAAGGCAAUGUCUUCAAGGUCAAAAACUGCAACGCCCUCUUCUUUGUGUGCUACGAGCCCAAGAUAACGACAGCUCCCGCCACCACCACUGAAACUCCCACAACUUCAACAGAAGCCCCGAAGCCAGAGCCAAGAAAACCCAGGAAGAAAAAGUUUCCUUUCAGUAUUGGUAAAUACUGAAGCAUUAAUUUGACGACCUGUGCUUCGCCAAAGAGUCAGACUGAUUCAUGUUAUCAUGCUCGUUAAAUAGGUUGUAACAAUGAAUACGACAAAAACAUUAAAACCCAUUGUUAAACGUCA